AUGAGAGAUCCGGUUGAGACGGGCGCUGCCAUGGCAUACCAUCCUUUCCACGCUCACCGACCGGCCGCCUUCCCCAUGUCCGCGCUGCUCGCCGCCGCUCAGCCGUCCUGUUUCCCCGCGCUGUCCUUCCCUCCUCCCGGCGUCUUCGCCAAACCGCUGACCGACCGCGCCGCGUCCGAGCCCGAAGACGCCAGGCUGCCCGGGACCCUGGCGCACCAGCGCCGUCCCGGAGUUUACCCGCGCUCCGUCAAAAGUUUCCACGUCGAAGAAGCGCUGGAAGACGACCCCCAAGUCACCUUGGAGGCGAGCGGUCUGUGGGACGAGUUUCACAAAAUGGGAACCGAAAUGGUCAUCACAAAAUCGGGAAGGAGGAUGUUCCCCCCCUUUAAAGUCCGUGUCAGCGGGCUAAACGCUAAAGCCAAGUACAUCCUGCUGAUGGACAUCGUGGCUGCGGAUGACUGCCGCUACAAGUUUCACAACUCCCGCUGGACGGUGGCGGGGAAAGCGGACCCGGAGAUGCCCAAACGGAUGUACAUCCACCCGGACAGCCCUUCCAAAGGCGAGCAGUGGAUGGCCAAACCUGUCGCCUUCCACAAACUGAAACUGACCAACAACGUUUCGGACAAGCAUGGGUUUACAAUUCUGAAUUCCAUGCAUAAAUACCAGCCCAGAUUUCAUAUUGUGAGAGCCAACGACAUAAUGAGGCUUCCUUACAGCACUUUCCGGACUUAUGUUUUCCCGGAGACAGAGUUCAUCGCAGUCACUGCAUAUCAAAAUGAUAAGAUCACACAACUCAAAAUUGACAAUAAUCCCUUUGCAAAAGGGUUCAGGGACACAGGGAACGGGAGACGAGAGAAGAGGAAGCAGUUAACCCUUCCGCCGCUGUGCUCUAAUGAAGACCAGUGCAAAGUGGAUUUGGACUGUGCAGACUCAGAUGACUCAUCAUGCGAACAGCCGUGUGUGAGGGAGACAGUUCAUUCUCCGUCUGACUUGGUGACCAGCCCGCUGAAGUCCGUCCCAGACACUCAAGGUGACAAGAACAUUGGAAGUGAUCAGGAUGUUGAUCCACAAGAUGUGCACUCAACCCGCAGCAGUUCUGGGCCUGGACAUACGUAUGUGCAGAGCCAGCGGAGCCAGGAAAUACUGUGCAAUAAGUCUGGUCUCAGUAACAGUUUCGACAUCCUGGAGUCAAGGAAAGAAAUCCCAGCAUACAGUGUUCCAAAAAAUAAGCCCCCCCAGGAAAACACUGUCUCCAAAAAGGAUGAAGUGGUGUUGAAUAAGAACAGAGUGGGAGAUGAGGAGGAGUAG